ACAGAUACGUUAACGACAACCCACGCAAAAGAGCACACAAGGCACGAAAAACCGUAGCGACAAAAACAAAGUUCAGUGUCUCGGUCGCCGUUUAUCCUCAAAGUUGGCAAAAAGCGAACGGGUUCUGUUCCGUAGCUGAAAUACAGAAACACAUAAACAAAAAGAAAAAAAAGUGAAAAGGAUUUCAAGGAGUGCAGUUUGGCAUACCCCUCAAUCAUAAACAAGCGACAGAAAUGAGGCAUCUCUGGCUGCUGCUGCUUAUCGCCGGUGGAUCUGUCCAGUUCCCAGGUGUGCUGACCUCCCCGGAGGCACUCCCAGGCAAAUCUUCUUCAGCCGCUGUGGGCGGCGAUGGAGGAGGAGCUGGGGGAGGAGUCACAGCCACAACAGGUGCAGAAGGACCCAAGGACUACGACUAUGAGGAUGAAACCCCAUCUGCAGCGGGAAAUCUGGCCAUAUCAACGGAAAAACCGAAAUUCCCCGAUCCUUACUUUGAGCAGACUGAAGUGAACUUGUAUGUGCCAGUUAACACGACCAGUGUGAAGCUCGAGUGUCCUGUAAAGAAUUUCAAUUCUGCACAUCACGUGAUUCUCUGGUACAAGGGACAGACACUCGUCUCCAACGGAAAUAACAUAAUCGACAAGGCCUACAGCCUGGGCAAAAAGUUCUCCCUGACCGUUCCCCUGGCUCCCAAUGCCACGGAGGAGCAGUAUGUGUGCGAAGUGCCCAACACCAAGGCGCGACGCCAGGUGACCAUUCGCUUUGGACCGGGGCCAAGCACCGCGGCUCCAUCGGCCGUCACCGACUCGGCGGUAACCUCCAGUCCCGCCAAGGAUUCGGCGCCCCAUGGACGGGACAUUAGCCUCUGGCUGCUCGGCCUCCUCUUGGCCCCUCUCCAAUUGGCCGGGUCCUUCCGUUUUUGAAGCGGGCCAAGUUCAAGAGCCCUCUGAAAUCUCUGCACCACCGGCAUUACGUUUGGAGAUGCGCACCGCAACAGAUGAGCUUGACAUUGGGGACGUGGCCCUCGGAUUUCGAUCGAUGGCUUGGCAAAUUAACGUUAGGUGUUGCUUUGUUACUUUAAUAUAUAUAAACUUAUACCAUAGGAAAACGGAUUUUUCGGGGAAGCAAACUUCCUAGAGCCAUAGAUUACUUGAAUUACACUUCCAAAUCUGCUUCCUCUUACUUCCAACGUCGAUGUUUUUAGAGUCCUUUAAAGUAAUAUUGUUUGAACUUGGAUAUGCUAUCUAUAGGAUCGAAUUAGCCUAGUGUGAAUGCUUUAGUCUUGCGCCCCAUUGAAUCGGGAGAUUAGUACAUAAUUGAUUUUAACUUAGCGGAACAAAAUGCGAUACCAAGUGGCUUAAAGAAUCAUUGUCAAGGAUACUAUAUAAAAGAUAUAUAUAUAUGAACAGAUUACGAGUACAUAAAAACAAUGUAUGCAACUUUGUCGGAUGUAAAACUGAAAUAAACUAGAGCUGCUAUAGACCCAGCUGAAUCCAUUCAACGAAA